AUGCCGAGUCCAAGAUUUGGAAAUUCCUAUGUUAUGAGUGUGAUCUCUUUAGUUCUAGUAUUAGGAUCAAUAGCAGAAAGCAGAGUAGUGAAUUCUAAAAUAGAGAACUUUGAUUAUCCUGCUAUCAAUUGCAGAAAACACAGUGCAGUUUUGACAGAUUUUGGUGCUGUUGGUGAUGGAAAAACCUCUAACACAAAGGCAUUUAAUGAUGCAAUAAACAAACUUAGCCAAUAUGCAAAUGAUGGUGGUGCACAACUUAUUGUUCCACCUGGAAAAUGGCUUACUGGUAGUUUCAAUCUCACAAGUCAUUUCACUCUUUUUCUCCAAAAGGGUGCUGUCAUUCUUGGAUCUCAGGUUGAAUCAGAAUGGCCUAAACUUCCAAUUCUACCAUCUUAUGGAGGAGGAAAAUAUGCACCUAAUGAAAGGUUUAGCAGUCUCAUUUUUGGAACUCAUCUCACUGAUGUUAUAAUUACUGGUAAUCAUUUAAUUAAGUAA